CUCGGUAGUCUUAGGUUUUCCUUUGGCAAAGCGCUUUUUCGCACUGGUAUAAUUUUGCUGUAAGAGGUAAAUACUAUUAUUUUUACGUUACGUUGGAAAACAGACCUGAUAAAUUGAUUUUGACAGACAAAAAUAUUUGAUCCGUCUCGGCUACCUUACAGUACACACGCUCGGUUGCUAGGAUACGGAGCUUGGCGGAGCUGCACGAGUGAAACCAGAAGAGUGGUGUGUACCUGAGACAACAGAUACAACCGUCUCUAUGUUUCCCAGGAAAGAGCGGUGGGAACCUGAAACAACAGGCUGUAAUAAUAAAAUGAUGAGAAGAGACAUAUCUGGCUUUGAAGGACCUGGAUGUCACAGUCUGGUUUCUGAGGUGCGAUCUGCAGCGUCCACGUCGCCUCUAUCCCACGUACAGCUCGCAUCUAGUCACCGAUAUUGUGCUUUCCCAUUAAAUGGAAAUGACCUUUGCAUCUGGAACUCAUCUUUACUUCAGGAACAGCCUUUAACUUUAAAAGGUCACCAUCAUCCAAUCACUGCUGUUACACUGAAGAAUGAUGGGAGGCAAUGCUUAGCCUGCUCUGCGUCUCAAGACUACGUCAUAAUGUGGAACAUACAAGAAUGCAUCCAAGCUGCUGAUCAAGGACGGCUUCCUCGUGGUCAUGUCAUUGGAACGCUCUUAGGUACUGUUCAACAUUUGAGCAUGCAUCCUGACAAACAACUAGUGGCAGUAUGUGCAGGUGCCAGAGUAUUGAUUCUUAGUGCUGAGCAAGAAGAAACAAUUACAGAAUUAGUGGUGCACUCAGGUCCAGUGACUGCAGCUGAAUUUUGGUGCAAUAGCUUUCUCAUAUGCAUAUCUGAAGAUCGAACAUUUUCGGUCUGGGAUUAUUGCGCACAGCACCUGAUUUACCAGUCGGGAAUAAUAUCAGCAUUUCCUCUUCUGAAGAUGUACAUUGAUGCAGAAAACGAGCAGCUUAUUACUGGCUGUGCAGAUGGGAUGUUGAGAGUUUUUAGUUUGGCAAAGGAACAUCAUUUUCAAAGUAUUUGCCACAUGAACCUUCCAAAAAAGAAACACAAAUUCUACAAUAUAAUCCCAAAAACUGCACAGAAUGAAAAACCAGAUAAAAAAACUUCCACCAAGGACAAAAGUUCUGAGGAUAUAGUGGAUUCCGGUCUUCCAAUAUUACAUAUAGAGAAAUGUGCACAGCUGAAUCAGGAAUAUGACAUGCCACUCUGUGGAAAUUCUGUACGUCUGUGGGUGGGAAGUGCCAUUGAUUUGUUUUUAGUUAAUAUAACUAACUCUGAAAUUGAAGGUGUUCUGCAUUUUAAAGAUUAUGACAACCUCAGCAUUCAGUUAGCUGGAUCAAUCUCCAUUUCCUGUAUAUCUGGAGAAAAAGUUAUUUCUUUAAUUGCUUCAAUGUUUGGAUGCAAAAUAUCUUUAAUAAGGUUUGAUGCACACGCCUUUUUGCAACUUGAAAAGCGCCAACUGCAGGAUUUUGGACCAGGAACCAAUUUGUCCAUUGUUUCCAGUGAUCCACUGCUAUUGACAUCUCCUUUACGGUGUGAUAUUUCAAAGAAGCAGGACAAACCAAAGCCAAAAGGGCCGCAAGGCAAAGUAAAGGACCAACCACUUGUUUUCCACAGUAAAAUCAAGUCAUCUGGUUACACCGCAGCACCCAGAAUGAAGAUGUUUUCUCCAAAAACAAAUGUAAAGACAAGUCAAGUUUCAAAAAUGAAGAAAGAGAUCUCAAAUGGAUCCAGAAAAGAGUAUCCUCUGGAUGUCCAAGCACCCUCUACUCUUAAAAAACAGAUAACACUAUGUAACAAGCCAACAUCUGCCUGUGGCAUUCAGUACUCUGGAGAUGGAAUGAAACUUGCUUGUGGAUUAGCUGACAAAUCUUUAUUGGUGUUUAGUUCUACAUUCAGUGGGGAGCCAGCUGUUUUUACAGGCCAUGAUGGUGCAGUAAAUGGCUUUGGCUGGAGCUAUGACAGGAAUUGGUUGGUUUCUACUGCUGAUGACCGAACAGUGAGAAUUUGGAAUGUGAAAAAUAUGGCUUCAGCAUUAGUGCUGGGGAAAGAAAUAUUCUCCAAGCCUGCUCGUUUUCCUCAGUUUUAUUACAUGGACAGGUUUAUUUUGCUGUCAUCUGGAGCUGAGAUUCAGUUAAUGAGAUAUUAUCUGGAUGAAAGCAAGGAUGAAAUAAAGAGAUAUAACCAAAAUAGUGUGUGCAAACCAGUACAAACACUUCAGAUGGAAUCAGCCGUGGAGAUCACCGGAUUAUCUGCUGUAAAUGACUUUUAUUCCUAUAUUGUGCUUGCUGCAGGAAGUAACCACGAUAUAGAGAUAUUUGAUCUGAAUAUAGGCACCAGAAUUGCAACUAUAUCAGAUGUUCAUCCAAGAGCAGUUCACCAAAUCUGCCAGAACAAGGGUUCUGCAUUUAGCACACAGCCAUCUGAAGCUUAUAAUCUUUUUGUGACCAUGGCCAUUGGUGACUGCCUAAAAUUAUGGGAUAUAAGGACUUUGCGGUGUGUACGUUGCUUUGAAGGUCAUUUAAAUCGCUACCAAUCAUGUGGUAUUGCUAUGAGUCCUUGUGGGAGGUUUAUUGCUUGUGGAUCAGAAGAUAAAUGUGCAUACAUUUAUGAAACACGUUCCAGCAUAUACCUGCAAAAGCUUCCAGAACAUUCAGAAUCUGUCAUCAAUGUAGCAUUCAAUCCGUCUUCUCCACAGUUAACAACUUGUACUUUGGAUGGAAAACUACAGACGUAUGUUCCUUGAAAGGAGUGAUAGCUGGCAAUGGCAUGAAGUGUUCAUCAAAGUGCCAGUUUAACAUCUAUUUUACGGUUGUA